AGGGGCGGCCAGGGGGCUGGGACACCGCUUACCGCACGGCACCCGGUUCCUCCGCUCCAGCCGGCACCGACGUGGAAUCGUGCGCUCGGCCCCGCCUGUUGCUCACAGCCCGGCCCAGGGCGCUGCGGGCGGCGCGGGCGCGGAGCCGCGGGGCGGGUGCAAGGCGGGGGCGGGGCCUCUGCGCCCGGGCCGCCUCCUCGGCCUAUAACUGAGCCCCCGGGCUCCUCGCUCCCACACGGCCCCCACCGGACCCGUGAAGCGGCUUCGCCCCUUGCUUUGGACCUCGGGCCUCACUCCUCCUCCAGAUGGACCCCAAGUGCUCCUGCCCCACUGGCGGCUCCUGCGGCUGCGCUGGCUCCUGCACCCGCAAAGCCUGCAGAUGCGCCUCCUGCAAGAAGAGCUGCUGCUCCUGCUGCCCCGUGGGCUGCGCCAAGUGUGCCCAGGGCUGCGUCUGCAAAGGGGCCUCGGACAAGUGCAGCUGCUGUGCCUGAUGUCGCGGAGAGCCUGCCCCGGGUGUCAACAGAGCAACCAGGACAAACCUGCAUUUUACCGUUUUUCAUACAACCGGACCUGACGCUACAUUCCUUUUUCUAUGAAAUCUGUGACUUGUAAUAAAAGCUGUUGACUUUA